ACUCAUUUCCUUCCAAGGAAAAAAAGGAUUCUUCUUCCUCUUUUUUAUUUGUGUGUGUCCGGGCGAGAGGAAGAGCCACUCCCCAUCUCUCUCUCUCUCUCUCAUCUUACGGUUCGUUCUGGCGAAGGAAAGAACUCUUCUUGACUACGUCCUCUGCGUUUCCUUUAGUUUUCGAUCGCCGGAGGGAUUUCCGAUCCGUCAUCCGCCCAGAAUAGGUUGUUUUUCGAGAGGCCUCUCGUUGUCUGGCCGGAAAUCGGUCGGAUGCGUAGUUGCGUUCGUGGGCGUGGCCGGUGAUCCGAACGGGCCGGUAAUUCAAUAUGAAGCUGAAACGGAGGAGGGUUCUUGAAGUGCCGCCUAAAAUCAGAGCCUUUAUCAAUAAUGUUAUUUCUGUUCCCCUUGAGGAUAUUGAGCAGCCUUUGAGAGGAUUUAAUUGGGAGUUCGAUAAGGGGGAUUUUCACCACUGGGUCGACCUCUUCAAUCAUUUUGACUCGUUUUUUGAGAAGCAUGUAAAAACAAGGAAAGAUUUGCAGUUGGAGGAUAAUUUUAUGGGUGAAGAUCCUCCUUUUCCUAGGGAGGCAGUGCUUCAAAUUCUUCAUGUAGUAAGGAUUGUAUUGGAGAACUGCACGAAUAAGCACUUCUACAGUUCUUAUGAACAACAUCUUUCUUCUCUUCUCGCUUGCACGGAUGCAGAUAUUGUGGAAGCCAGCUUGCAGACAUUUGCUGCAUUUUUAAAGAAAACAAUUGGAAAGUGUUCUAUCAGAGACCCUACCUUGAAUUCAAGACUUUUUGCAUUCUCACAAGGAUGGGGUAGUAAGGAAGAAGGCCUUGGGUUGAUUGCAUGUGCCACUGAGAAUGGAUUCGACUCUGUGGCUCACCAGUUAGGCUCUACUCUUCAUUUUGAGUUUUAUGAAUCGAGUGGCUCACUUGAUGAGACUGGUGGUAAAGAAGAGAGGAGAGAAGGUCUGCAGGUGAUUCACUUGCCAGACAUUGGCUCCCACCAUGUGAGUGAUCUGGAUCUUCUAAACAAGCUAGUCAUGGAAUAUAAAGUACCACCACGGUUACGAUUUUCGCUCUUGACGAGAUUGCGUUUUGCAAGGUCAUUUGGUUCAUUGGCUUCUCGUCAGCAGUACAUCUGCAUUCGUCUAUAUGCGUUUGUGGUGCUUGUUCAAGCUAGCAAUGAUGCUGAUGACCUAACUGCAUUCUUUAGCAAUGAGCCUGAAUUUGUUAAUGAACUAGUCACUUUACUGAGUUAUGAAGACCUAGUUCCUGAAAAAAUUCGUAUUCUGGCUAUUUUGUCUUUGGUGGCUCUUUGCCAGGACAGGUCUCGCCAGCCAACAGUUUUAAGUGUUGUGACAUCUGGGGGGCAUCGAGGAAUCUUACCAAGUCUUAUGCAAAAGGCUGUUGAUUCCAUUACGACUGGGUCUUCAAAAUGGUCUGUUGUUUUUGCCGAAGCCCUCUUGUCUCUUGUCACUGUUUUGGUAUCAUCAUCCUCAGGUUGCUCUGCUCUACGUGAAGCUGGUUUUAUACCCACUCUUCUUCCAUUGCUUAAAGACAUCAAUCCUCAGCAUUUACAUUUAGUGAGCACAGCAGUUCAUAUUCUGGAGGCAUUUAUGGACUACAGCAAUCCUGCUGCGACACUAUUCAGGGACUUAGGGGGCUUGGGUGACACGAUUGCACGGCUGAAAAUAGAAGUGUCCUAUGUGGAGAAGGGUUCAAAGAAAAAUGAGGAUGACCAUGGCAGUAAUAUGAAAGGUAAAGCUGUUGUUGACACUUCUAGUGAGCUUGAAGUUCGGCCUCUUUACUCAGAGUCAUUGGUGUCCUACCACCGCCGACUGCUUAUGAAGGCAUUACUUCGUGCAAUAUCCCUUGGCACUUAUGCUCCUGGUAGCACUGCUCGUAUUUAUGGCUCAGAGGAGAGUUUACUACCAGAAUGUCUGUGCAUUAUUUUCAGAAGAGCAAAAGAUUUUGGUGGUGGUGUAUUUUCUCUUGCUGCCACUGUCAUGAGUGAUCUCAUUCACAAGGAUCCCACCUAUUUUUCUGUCCUAGAUUCUGCUGAUCUGCCUUGUGCUUUUCUGGAUGCUAUUAUGGGUGGUGUACUUUGCUCUGCAGAAGCAAUAUCUUGCAUCCCACAGUGUCUAGAUGCCCUAUGCCUAAAUAACAAUGGCCUUCAGGCUGUAAAGGAUCGGAAUGCUUUGAGAUGUUUUGUGAAAAUAUUUACUUCAAGGAUUUAUUUGCGUGCCCUUUCUGGUGAUACUCCAGGGUCCUUGUCUACAGGGUUGGAUGAGUUGAUGCGCCAUGCAUCUUCUCUUCGUGCGCCUGGGGUGGAUAUGUUGAUUGAGAUAUUACAUUCAAUAUCAAAGAUAGGAUCAGGAAGUGAAUCUUCAUUGCUUUCUGUGGAAUCUGUGACCUCACCAUCUCCAGUGCCAAUGGAAACAGAUGUAGAAGAGGGGGCAUUGAUUACCUCCAAUGAUGGUGCACCAUCCAAGAUAGAAAAUUCUGAUCAAAUAGUUGAGGGAUCUACUGAAGGUCCACUUGCAAACGUUGAGCCCUUCCUUGUUGAGUGCAUAAGCAAUGUUGCUCGCCUUCUAGAAAAUGUUCUUCAAAAUGCUGAUACUUGCCGCAUAUUCAUUGAGAAAAAAGGGAUUGAAGCAGUUCUGCAAUUAUUCACGCUGCCAUUACUUCCUCCUGGCAGUUUGAGUGGUCAAAGCAUAUCCGUUGCCUUCAAGAGCUUCUCACCGCAGCAUUCUGCUGCACUUGCCCGAGCUGUUUGUGCAUUUCUAAAGGAACAUCUCAAGCUGAUGAAUGAAUUAUUGCUGUCUGUAGCUGGAACCCAACUUGUUGAUGUGGAAGUAACAAAGCAAACAAAAGUUUUGAGAUGUCUUUCUAGUUUGGAAGGUCUUCUGUCAUUCUCCAAUUUUUUAUUGAAGGGUACAACUACUAUGGUGUCUGAAUUGGGUUCUGCAGAUGCUGAUGCUUUGAAGGAUCUGGGGAAGAUUUUCAAGGAAAUACUUUGGCAACUUUCUUUGUUGAGUGAUUCAAAAACGGAUGAGAAGCAGGAUGCUGAACAGGAAGGUGGAUCUGCGGAUUCUUUGACAUCAAAUAUUUCUGGCAGAGAAAAUGAUGAGGAUCUUGUUUCGUUUAUCAGAUAUGUCAAUCCUGUCUCAAUCAGGAGCAGUUCUGCAUCACGCUGGGGUGGAGAAUCAGAUUUCCUUUCUGUAAUUCAUCAUGGGGAAGGUGUAAGCAGACAUGGUAGAAGGCAUCAUGGAAAUGAAGUUCUGAGCAGAGCCCGUGGGGGGAGAAAUAGUCGUCAUGCUGAUGCUUCACACAUUGAUUCAGAAGGCUCUUCGAAUGCACCAGAGACGUCUCACAAUCCUGAAAGUAAAAGAAAAAGUCCUGAUGCCUUGAUUUCAGAAGUCCUAAAUAAACUAGCUACUGCCAUUCGCUCUUUUCAUGCAACUUUGGUUAAGGGUUUCUCUGCUCCCAGUCGACGGAGAGCUGACCCUGGAUCACUUAGUUCUGCUGCUAAGAAUCUUGCAACUGCUCUUGCUAAAACCUUUCACGACAGUCUCAGCUACUCUGGAUAUCCUGGUUUAAGUGGUCUGGAAAUGUCCCUGUCGGUGAAAUGUAGAUAUCUUGGAAAGGUUGUGGAUGACAUGGCCGCUCUGACUUUUGAUGGCAGGCGCCGAUUAUGUAAUACGGCAUUGAUUAAUAAUUUUUAUGUACAUGGAACAUUUAAGGAACUUCUGACCACUUUUGAAGCUACAAGUCAGUUGCUAUGGACGUUGCCUUUCAGCAUCCCUGGCCCCAGUGCUGUGCAAGAAAAUGUUGUAGAGGGGAACAAACUCUCUCACAAUUCUUGGUUGUUAGAUACCUUGCAAAGUUAUUGUCGUAUGCUUGAAUAUUUUGUCAAUUCUUCCUUACUAUUGUCACCAGCAUCUGCGUCUCAGUUGCUUGUUCAGCCUGUUGCUUCUGGGCUGUCAAUUGGUCUCUUUGCUGUUCCUAGGGAUCCAGAAGUUUUUGUCCGGAUGUUGCAGUCUCAGGUUCUUGAUGUGAUUCUUCCUGUCUGGAAUCAUCCCAUGUUUGCUCGUUGCAGUCCAAGUUUUAUCACCUCUAUUGUUUCUAUAGUUACUCAUGUAUACUGUGGUGUGGGAGAUAUAAAGAAGGGCAGGAAUGGUGUUACAGCAAGUGCAGGUCAUCGUUUAAUGGCCCCCCCUCCUGAUGACUCGGCUAUUGCUACAAUAGUGGAGAUGGGCUUCAGUCGGGCCAGGGCAGAAGAAGCAUUAAGACGUGUUGAGACAAAUAGUGUUGAGAUGGCUAUGGAAUGGUUAUUUAGCCAUGCAGAGGAGCCAUUGCAGGAGGAUGAUGAACUAGCGCGGGCUCUUGCAUUGUCAUUGGGCAACACAUCAGAUGUAUCUAAGGAGGAUAAUGGCGAUGUCAUGAGAGAUGUUCCAGCAGAAGAGAGAGGGGCUGAGCUUCCUCCUAUUGAUGAUAUUCUGUCUGCAUCCAUGAAAGUGUUUGAAAGCAGUGAUUCUGUUGCCUUUCCAUUGACCGACUUGCUUGUAACCCUUUGUAACCGGAAUAAAUGUGAAGAUCGUCCAAGAGUGGUGUCAUAUCUGAUUCGGAGUUUGAAGCUUUGUCCUAUGGACUUCUCCAAGGAAACUGGUGCAUUAUCUGCAAUUUCUCAUAUUUUAGCUCUACUUCUUAGCGAAGAUAGUACUACUCGAGGAAUUGCAGCAGAGAAUGGUCUUAUUCCAGUUGUGUUGGAUAUUUUGACGAACUUCAAGCAUUGCAAUGAUUCAAGAGGAGAUAUUUUAAUCCCGAAGUGUAUAACUACCUUAUUGCUUAUCUUAGAUAACAUGUUGCAGUCGAAGCAAAAGGUUUCUUCAGAAAACCCUGGAAGAUCUCAGUCAGGGUCAGUAGGUGAUGGUUUUGGAGAUGAUGCUACUUUGUCACUUUCUACGUCCAGUAAGGAAGGGAAACCAGCCUGUGAUGGUCAGGAGAAAGAAACAGCUGAUGUUUUUGAAAAGAUAAUGGGAAAGUCUACUGGGUAUCUUACUGCUGAGGAGAGUCAGAGACUACUUGUGAUUAUCUGUGAGUUCAUAAAACAGCAUGUGCCUGCUACUGUCAUGCAGGCUGUUUUGCAACUAUGUGCGCGUUUAACAAAAUCACAUGCAGUAGCAAUGCAAUUUCUUGAAAAUGGAGGCUUAGGUGCUCUUUUCAGUCUUCCCAGGAGUUGUUUCUUUCCAGGGUAUGACAGCAUAGCAUCUGCUAUUAUAAGGCAUCUGCUGGAGGACCCCCAAACCCUUCAAACUGCUAUGGAGAUGGAAAUACGGCAAACUUUGACAAGCAUUAGCAGUCGGCAUGGUGGUCGUGUUUCCACCAGGACAUUUUUGACGUCCAUGGCACCUGUUAUUUCCAGAGAUCCUGCUGUGUUUAUGAGGGCUACUGCUGCAGUUUGUCAAUUGGAAUCUUCAGGAGCAAGAACAUAUGUUGUCCUGUUGAAGGAGAAAGACAAGGAGAAGAAGGAGGAGAAGGAGAAGAAGGAGGAAAAAGACCGGGUAAAGGCUGGUGGUGUUGAGAAUGGAACUGGCAGUUCUUCAAAUGAGGGUAUACGAAUGCCUGAAUCCUACAGCAAGCUCCAUGAUGGGUCUGGGAAAUUGUCAAAGGGGCACAAAAGGGUUCCUCAUAGUCUUGCACAGGUUAUUGAUCAGCUUUUGGAAAUUAUAAUGUGCUACCCCUUGCCAAGAAAACAUGAGCACUGUUUGGGCUCCGAGGUGUCUAUGGAGAUUGAUCCACCUGCAACUAAGGAAAAGGGUAAAUCAAAGAUUGAUGAUGUAAAGCUGGAGGGUGAUCGUUCCUCUGAAAGAUCUGCUGGCUUGGCAAAAGUGACUUUUGUCUUGAAGUUGAUGAGUGAGAUUCUUCUAAUGUAUGUUCACGUUGUGGGGGUUGUUUUGCGGAGGGAUUCAGAAAUUUGUCAACUGCGUGGAUCAAGUCAAGUUGAUGGUUCAGUGCAUGGUGGAUUGCUGCAUCACGUACUGCAUGAGCUACUUCCAUUGUCUUCUGACAAGAAUUCUGGAACUAUAGAUGAAUGGAAGGACAAGCUCUCAGAAAAAGCUUCAUGGUUUUUAGUUGUGCUGUGUGGUCGUUCUAGUGAAGGACGAAGGCGAGUGAUAGCUGAACUUGUGAAAGCUUUGUCUGCAUACUCAAACUUGGAAAGCAAUUCUACAAAAAAUGUAUUGCUACCUAACAGAAAGCUCUUAGCUUUUGCUGAUUUGGUGAAUUCCAUUUUGUCAAAGAACUCAUCAUCCAGUACUCUGCCCGGUCCUGGAUGUUCACCAGAUGUAGCAAAAACUAUGAUUGACUGUGGGAUGGUACAAUCAUUAACUGGUAUUCUUCAGGUACUUGACCUUGAUCAUCCUGAUGCGGCAAAAGUAGUGAACCUGAUUUUAAAAGCAUUGGAAAAUUUGACUAGGGCUGCAAAUGCUAGUGACCAGCUGUUCAAAACUGAUGGAAUCAAUAAGAAAAAGUCUUCAAGUACAGCUGAAAGGACUGAAGAUCCAGCAGUUGUGCUUUCUAAUGGUGAACCCAUGGAGAACAAUCAAACUGCAAAUCCUCAGGAACAAGAGACAGAUGUAGUUCAAGCUGAAGAGCCGCCUCGAGAAACCUCCACCAAUUCAAGAGAUCAAGCUGAAAAUCAAAAUCAACCUAUGGAACAGGAGAUGAGGAUAGAAGUGGAGGUGACUGUGCAUGCUCAUCCUUCUUCAGAUCGUGGUGUAGAGUUCAUCAGGGGUGACAUGGAAGAUGGGCACCACACAGAAGAUGUUGGAAUGACUUUCCAUGUGGAGCACAGGGCAGUUGACGACAUGGGUGACGAGGAUGAUGAAGACAUGGGUGAUGAUGGGGAUGAUGAUGAGGAAGAUGAGGAUGAAGAUGAAGAUGAGGAUGAAGAUAUAGCUGAGGAGGGUGGUGCUCGGAUGUCUUUAGCUGAUACUGAUGUAGAAGAUCGUGAUGAUAACGGUCUAGGGGAUGACUAUAAUGAUGAUAUCAUGGAUGAAGAAGAAGAUGAUUACCAUGAGAAUCGUGUCAUAGAAGUUAGAUGGCGAGAAGGUCUAGAUGGGUUAGACCAUUUACAGGUUUUGGGGCGCCCUGGCGCUUCAAGUGGUCUAAUUGAUGUUGCAGGUGAACCUUUUGAAAGGUUGAAUGUGGAUGAUAUCUUUGGUCUUCGUCGGUCUAGUGGUCUUGAUCGAAGACGACAAGCUGGAUCCAGACCUUUCCUUGAGAGGUCUGGUUUGGAUCACAUUAAUGCUUUUCAACAUCCUCUGCUUGUAAGGUCAUCUCUUUCUGGUGAUACAAAUGUUUCAGUGUGGCCAUCUUCUGGAGGUGCAAGGGACGUAGGGUCGGUUUCAGUUGGAAAUAUUGAUGUUGCUCACUUUUAUAUGUUUGAUGCUCCAGUUCUUCCAACUGAACAUGCAGCAGCAAACUUUUUUGGUGACCGUUACAUGGGAACUGGACCUUCAUUAUUUGACUUAGGUGUGGACCCUUUGCCAUUUGUGGGAAGAAGAGGUCCAGGUGAUGGUCGGUGGACAGAUGAUGGUCAGCCUCAAGCUGGCGGACAAGCUGCUGCUCUUGCUCAAGCAAUUGAGGAGCAAUUCAUUUCUCAGCUUCGCAGCUUGGCACCAGCUGAAAGUCUUAACGUGGUAAAAUCAUCUGAGAAUUCUGAAUUGCAGGGUAAGCCAACUCCGGAGUUGCCUCCAUUGAAUCCUGUAAAUCGUCCAGAAAAUGAAGAUGUUUCUGCAAAUGAACAAGGUGGCGGUGGUCUGCAUCAAGAAGUAGCAAUUCCAUCAUUCAAUCAUGAGAGUUCGGCUGCUGCAGAGGAUGCGUCUCUUGCACAUUUAUCCCAUGGGACUUUGAAUUCUGAUAUUGCUGCAAGUGAGCCACAAGAAAAUUUGCCAGCCCAGGAACUGAAUCUAAUGCAUCCUGAUGUACCUGUUUCUAGUGCUACCGAAAGUGUGCAGAUUAUGACUGGAGAUAGUGAUUCUGGCAGUUUACCUGAUCUAGUUCCUGAUCUUUCACCAACUAAUCUACCAACAGAAGUUCCUGCAGUCCAGGUCGAGGCAGGAGCUGAACCUAAUGAUCUAGUCUUUCACUUUGAAGGCAGCAAUGAGCCUUCUAGUGUCGAAACAAAUUCUAGUACUUAUGCUUUGCUGGAUUCUGGCUUAGAAGUUGGCGGUGGCAGUCUUGGUCAAGCUGUGUCUUUCCAUGUUAGUGCUGAUGUUGAGAUGGAUGGUGCAGACAACGUAGAUAAUCAAGCUCCUGGGCCUGCUUCUAGUAAUGGAGUAGAUGAACCAUCAUCUAGACAGAAUGUGGAAGUAGCCACGCUGGAUGGUAAUCAAGUUGAACAAGGUAAUACUAACAAUGACACCUCAAGUACCAAUACAAUAGAUCCAACCUUUUUGGAGGCUCUACCUGAGGAUCUUCGAGCAGAGGUGCUGGCAUCAAGGCAAGCUCAGUCUGUUCCCUCUGCAGCAUAUGUACCUCCACCGACAGAGGAUAUUGAUCCUGAGUUUUUGGCCGCUCUUCCUCCUGAUAUCCAAGCAGAAGUUUUAGCACAGCAAAGAGCUCAAAGAGCUUUGCAGUCUCAGCAAGCAGAAGGACGAGCUGUAGACAUGGAUAAUGCAUCAAUAAUAGCUACGUUUCCUGCAGAUUUGCGUGAAGAGGUACUAUUGACUUCUUCAGAUGCAGUUCUAUCAGGACUUCCGUCUCCCUUGCUUGCUGAAGCUCAGAUGCUAAGGGACAGAGCCAUGAGCCAUUAUCAGGCACGUAGCCUUUUUGGCGGUAGUCAUAGGCUUGGUGGGAGGAGGAACAGUAUAGUGAUUGACAGACAUGCAGCAAUGGAUAGAGGUGUUGGCGUUACAAUAGGUAGAAGGGCAGUUUCUGCUAUUGCAAAUAGCCUGAAGGUUAAAGAGGUUGAGGGGGCACCCCUUCUGGAUGUUAGUGCAUUAAGAGCAUUAGUUCGCUUAUUGAGGCUUGCUCAGCCUUUGGGCAAAGGUCUUCUCCAGAGACUCUUGCUGAACCUAUGUGCACAUAGUGUUACACGUGCUGCUCUUGUUUGCCUCUUGAUUGAUAUGAUCAAACCUGAAGCACAUGAUGUUGCUGGAACAUCAAACACAAUGACUUCCCAGAGGCUGUAUGGUUGUCAGUGGAAUGUGGUUUAUGGUAGGCCACAAUUAUCAGAUGGCCUUCCACCUCUUGUAUCACGCAGAAUUCUUGAAAUACUUACAUAUUUGGCAACAAACCAUUUGGCUGUCGCAAAUAUUCUUUUAUACCUGGAUCAGCCUUUGAAGCUGGUGUUGUUGUCUCAUAGCCUAGUCGAUUCUAGGAAGGAGAAAGGAAAGGGCAAACUUUCAGAGGGGUCAACAUUUAAUGGACUUUCAGAAGCUUCUCAGAAAGGCGAAAUUCCACUCAUAUUGUUUUUGAAGUUACUGAGACAACAAUUAUUCUUGCGUAGUAAUGCUCAUUUGGAACAGGUUAUGAGUCUUCUACAUGUGGUGGUCAACAAUGCUGCCUUGAAAAUUGAUUCUGAGCUUCCUUGCAAUCAAGCUGCAACAUCCAGCUCACAGGUUUUAGAUAAUGAGACAUCUGAUAUUCAGAAAGAAGCUUCCACAUCUGAACAAAACACUAAUCAUGAAUCUAGUAAAAAGCCGGAAGCUGAAGUCUCAACUUCUGCUACCAAGCAAGCUGUUAAUCCACGUGAAAUUCUCCUGCAGCUUCCUGAAACAGAAUUGCGCAAUUUGUGCAGUCUUCUUGCCCAUGAGGGGUUAUCAGAUAAAGUUUAUUCACUCGCUGCUGAGGUCCUGAAGAAAUUGGCAUCUGUAGCUGGUCCUCACCGCAAGUUUUUUAUUUCAGAGCUAGCAAGUUUGGCUCAUGGUCUGAGUAGCUCUGCUGUCAGUGAGCUCUUAACUCUCCAGAGCACUCACAUGCUGGGCUUGAGUGCAGGCUCUAUGGCUGGGGCAGCUAUUCUGCGGGUUUUGCAAGCACUUAGCACAUUGACAUUAGUCAGUUCUGAUGGGAAAAAUGGUGAAGAGAAUGAAGGAGAGCAGGAUGACCAGACUACCCUGUUAGAGUUAAAUCAGGCACUUCAGCAGUUGUGGCAAGAGUUGAGUGUGUGCAUUAGCAAGACCGAAUCAAAAUUAGGACAGAGCUCUUCAUUGUCUCCUCUCUCAAGUACUGAUGCUGGAGACCAUGUUGGAGGGGCAUCUGCUCUAUCACCACCUCUUCCACCUGGGACCCAGAGGCUGCUACCAUUUAUAGAAGCUUUCUUUGUUUUGUGUGAGAAGCUACAGUCUAAUAGCGCCAUCAUACAGCAAGAUGUCAACAAUGUGACUGCCAGGGAAGUAAAAGAGUCUGCAGGUUCAUCAGUAGCACCUCCAACGAAAUGUGGUGGAGCUACUCAGAAGCGGCAUGAUGGAACUAUAACAUUUGCAAGAUUUGCUGACAAGCAUCGGAGGCUUCUAAAUGCAUUUAUAAGACAAAACCCAGGAUUGCUGGAGAAGUCGCUGUCUUUGAUACUUAAGGCACCAAAACUUAUUGAUUUUGAUAAUAAAAGAGCAUAUUUCCGGUCAAGAAUUAGACAGCAGCAUGAGCAGCACCCUUCUGCUCCUUUGAGGAUAAGUGUUCGGAGGGCAUAUGUACUGGAAGACUCCUAUAACCAGUUGCGAUUACGGCCUAGUCAAGACCUCAAAGGUCGGCUGACUGUUCAGUUUCAAGGGGAAGAAGGAAUUGAUGCUGGUGGUCUGACAAGAGAAUGGUAUCAGUUACUUUCCAGGGUUAUAUUUGACAAGGGAGCAUUGCUGUUUACUACUGUUGGAAAUAAUGCUACAUUUCAACCUAAUCCAAAUUCUGUUUAUCAACCUGAGCAUCUAUCGUAUUUCAAAUUUGUGGGCCGUGUGGUUGCAAAAGCAUUAUUUGAUGGUCAACUUCUUGAUGUUUACUUCACUCGGUCCUUCUACAAGCAUAUUCUCGGGGUCAAAGUGACUUACCAUGACAUAGAGGCUGUUGACCCUGAUUAUUACAAGAAUCUGAAGUGGAUGUUGGAGAAUGAUGUGAGUGACAUCCCAGACCUGACAUUUAGUAUUGAUGCUGAUGAGGAGAAGCAUAUACUGUAUGAGAAAACUGAGGUUACUGAUCACGAGCUUAUACCUGGUGGGAGAAAUAUACGAGUCACAGAAGAAACAAAGCAUGAAUAUGUAGAUCUUGUGGCAGAACAUCACUUGAAUACUGCCAUCCGCCCACAGAUAAAUUCUUUCCUUGAAGGUUUCAAUGAGUUGGUUCCAAGAGAUCUUAUUUCAAUAUUUAACGACAAAGAGCUUGAGCUUCUGAUUAGUGGCCUUCCUGAAAUUGACCUUGACGAUCUGAAGGCAAAUACUGAGUACACUGGCUACACUGCUGCCUCUAGUGUCAUCCAAUGGUUUUGGGAGGUAGUGAAAACAUUUAGCAAGGAAGAUAUGGCUAGGUUACUUCAGUUUGUCACUGGCACUUCUAAGGUUCCUUUGGAGGGUUUUAGAGCCCUGCAAGGCAUAUCUGGCCCUCAACGUUUUCAGAUCCACAAGGCAUAUGGUGCACCAGAAAGAUUGCCUUCCGCUCAUACGUGUUUCAACCAGUUAGACCUGCCGGAAUAUUCGUCAAAGGAGCAGCUCCAAGAUCGAUUGCUGCUUGCUAUCCACGAAGCUAGUGAAGGGUUUGGCUUUGGUUGAACACAGGCUGAAGGUGAUCGACCCACACUGAAUUCAACCCUGUUCCAGUUGCUUAAAGUGAGUUGCUAAGGCAAACGUGUCGGUGAUUUUGUCAUGAGGUAGGCUUGUGCGAACAACAUUGAACACGAUGGCAGAACGUGCUGGGCGCAAACUGAUCUCUCUGGACUUGGCUUUCAUUUCGGGAUGUAGAGCUCUUCAUAUCUUGCAAAUUUUGGUCAUCAAGAUCCGGAGAUUAUAUCAGUUCCCAUUUUUGCAAUUGGGCAUGUAUAUAUUAAAAUGUCUAAAAUGCCGUGUUCCUGUUUUUUUUUUUUUUUCGUUAAAUUGUUUUUGCUUUUUUGGUUUUCAUUUCCUCCCCUUCUCCUGGCCUGAAAGAUAGACUGCCUGGUCCUUGUCAGGGUGUGAAUUUGUGAGUAUUGGAACUGGUGAAUAAAUAAGUGGGUUAGUCUCUCUUCUGUA